AUGAUGACUUCGCUCACCUCACCAGCUCGUGUCCCUAUCCCCGCUAAUGGGGUCGACUACCGUGGCAAAGUAGUCCUGGCACCGAUGGUGAGGUCUGGAGAACUGCCAUCACGUCUUCUAGCUUUGAAAUACGGCGCUGAUUUGGUCUGGGGUCCGGAAACCGUCGAUCGCUCACUAGUCGGUGCCACCCGCCGUGUGAACCCCCGCAAUGGAACGAUCGAGUUCACCAGGCGUCCAUCCAACGGAGGACGUGCUAACCCCGCCAGUGAAGAUUCCGUCAUCUACCGCAUCGAUCCCGUUCGUGAAAAGGGCAAGUUGAUUUUCCAGUUGGGAACUGCGUCCCCCGAGUUCGCAAUCCCGGCUGCGAAGCUGGUGGCCGCCGAUGUCGCAGGGAUAGACGUGAACUCGGGAUGUCCAAAGCCUUUCAGCACCAGUGGGGGAAUGGGUGCGGCUCUGCUACGAGACCCGGAUAGGCUCGUCUCUAUCCUCGAGGCUCUGGUUCGAGAGGUUGGGAAUCCUUUCCAGAUCGGCAUCUCCGUUAAGAUCCGUAUCCUCGAGACCGCGGAGAAGACAGAGGAACUGGUUACACGACUUUGCGCAACAGGCAUCACAGGUCUAACCGUCCACUGUCGUACAACGCCCAUGCGCCCCCGGGAGCGUGCAAUCCGCGAUCAACUUCGAAUGAUAGCUUCCGUGUGUCGAAAGGCGGGUGUUGCUUGCGUCAUGAAUGGCGACGUGACGUCUCGUGACCAGGCACUCGCUUUAAUGAAAGAAUACGACGUCGACGGCGCGAUGAUUGCAACGGCCGCAGAAUCGAACUCGUCCUGCUUCCGUACCGAUGCAGAGGGCGGUUUACUCCCAUGGAGGGAUGUUGUCCAUGACUAUCUGGAAGCGUGCUUGCAAGUCGAGAAUCGGUUCGGUAACACAAAAUAUCUCCUGAACAUCAUGAUUCCUGGGAAGAACAAGGAGUUUCAGGAAGCGAAGGCUUCAAAGACAUAUUCCGAUUGCUGCCAUAUUCUAAAGUUCGACGAUCUCAUCCCCAUCGCCAUCAGGGUAGACGAGGUUCUAGGCCUCAGCGGCAAAUCUGUGUAUUUUGGGAAUCAACAAGAAGAAAGCGUCCGGAGCAAAGUCGUCCAGAAGGCCAUGCAGAACAACGAGUCUGCUCGGGCUGCUGGCGGUGCAGCAAGACCCAUUAAGGAAAGCCCACCGGUUGUCAAUGGCGGUGGUCCUAUUCGGACGAGUUCUAUACCGCCCCCUGCUCCAAGGCCCAAGCCUGAUGAUACCAACGGGAUCGACUUGUCUGUGCCAGCCUCCCAGGCACCUCAAAAGGCAGAGGUCACCGUCUAA